AUGAGUACCUUUGGGUACCGCCGCGAGCUGAAGAAGUCUGAGGAGGUGGACGAAGACGAGCUGCUGGCCACGUUGUCCUCCGAGGAGCUCCAGGAGCUGGAGAGGGAGCUGGCCGACCUGGACGACAACGUCCCCAUCGGCCUGAGGCAGAAAGACCAGACCGCCAAGACCCCGACGGGGAGCUUCGACAGGGACGCUCUGCUGAAAUACUGGGAGGACGAGAACAAGAAGCUGCUGGAGGACAAGAGGACGGAGGACAACGGCGGACAGGAAGGACGCCCAGAUAAGAGCAGAGCGGAACGAGCGACAGUGACCACCGGCGACGCCUGCAAGACUCUGGACAGCGACAGGAAGAAGAUUUCACAAAAGGCCAAGAAAGCUGGCGUCUUAGCGAAGGAGGACGAGGCGGAAAAGACAGAUGAGUGUAAGAAGGAGGCUCCGAUGAGGAGUAAAUGUCCUCAGAAGAAAAGUCUGUCAAAGGGCUCGAAGAGCGAAUCGAGGAGGACCGAAACCCCAGACCGAAACCUGAACACAACCCCCGACAGAGCGAGCGGGAACCCGACCGCCGUCGACGAAACCCUGGAGCGGAUCCUGUGCGACGACCCCUUGGUGAGCGAAGUCAACCUCAACAACAUCGAGGACAUUUCCCAGGAAACCUUGCUGUCUUUCGCCGAGGCUCUGUGUGCAAACACUCACGUCCACGUCUUCAGCCUCGCCAACACCCACGCCGACGACCGCGUCGCCUUUGCCGUCUCCAAGAUGCUCCGCGAGAACCGCUUCGUCAGGAACCUGAACAUCGAGUCCAACUUCGUGUCCGGUAAGGGAAUCCUGGCGCUGCUGGCGGCGCUGCAGCACAACCGGACGCUGGUGGAGCUGCGCUUCCACAACCAGAGGCACAUGUGCGGGGGGAAGGUGGAGAUGGAGAUGGUCCAGCUGCUGAGGGAGAACACCACCCUGCUCAAGCUCGGCUACCAGUUUGACCUCCCCGGCCCGAGGAUGACGGCGACCAGCAUCCUGACGCGCAACCAGGACCAACAGCGACAGGGAAGGCUCCGACAGAAGAAGGAGCAGAGUCCUCCAGAGGGGUCGGGACAAAGUCCUGGCUCAUCUGCAGUAAACAGACCCACAAAGAAGACGUCACAAUCUUCUAAGACUGUUGAAAACCAGAAUAGAAACCCUCCCCCUCCUCCUCCGUCUUUAGACCCGCCGACUAGGAAAAUCGCAGAAAUGGUCAAACAGCACGAGGGCUCGAACAUGACGAAGACGCAGUCGAACCAAAGGAAGACAAAGUCAAAGAAGCUCAAGAACGGCGCCAACGAGAAGGAGAGCGCCGAUAUUCUCAAAGACCUGAAGAACUCCUUGAAGCCGUCGCUGCAGAAGAGACGAGACGAAUCGUCGCGGCAGCCGGCGCCAACGACACAGAAGUCGACCCGCGACGACCUGAUGGCGGCGAUCCGCGGAAGCAGCAUAGGGUCCCUAAAAAGGGUGGAUCUGUCACAGGCCUGA